AUGAGUGAAGAAGCCAACAAGAAAGCCAAGACUGCCCUUCCUCAAGCGCCUGAUGAAGAAUGGCCCGAGGCUUGGAUGAUGUGCGAUGACGACAAGAUUGAAGAUCAAAAGAAAGAAAAUCGUCAAGAUCCUAAUGCCAAGAUCACUGCUGCUGACAUGCGCAAGCUUGGAAUCAGCUUCUGGAAGAUGGAUGCUGAUACCUUCACUUAUCCCGUCAAGGCCGUCCCGUGGGACCCAAAGGAUGCUGUCGAUCCACGCUUGUCCCAACUUCGUGACGAUCGUGGCUACUCUUAUGCCGAUAUCAUCACCAUCCAUCCAGACCACUUGCCCGGUUUUGAUGCCAAAAUCAAGGCUUUCUUUGAAGAGCAUAUUCACGAUGCCGAAGAAAUCCGUUACAUUCUUGACGGAUCCGGCUAUUUUGAUGUUCGUGACCCCAAUGACAAGUGGGUUCGGGUCCACAUCAAGAAGGGAGACUUGAUGACUCUUCCUGAGGGAAUCUACCAUCGUUUUACUUGUGACGAGACCGAUUACAUCAAGGCCAUGCGUCUCUUCAAGGGGCAACCAGUAUGGACUCCAUUUAAUCGUCCGCAAGAAGAGCAUCCUUCUCGUAAGGCUUAUGUCACUGAGUUCAUGGAAGAGAAGAAGACUGACGAGUAA